GUUGUGAAUGAGGGAUGGAAUGACGUCAGUGCGCGAAUGUCAACAAUGUAGCGAUUGAGAGUAGGCGUUUCAUUCGAGUGUAACAAACAGAGGAGACGGAGCCGCACGCUGCAGAGAUCACCACACACACAUUUACAUACACACACAUUUUUAUAUACACUUUUACAACCAUAAACGUGCUUUCUUUCUCCUAAAAAAAAAAAAAUAUUGUAAGAGUGCAAGGCAAAACGUGAUCUCCCUGCAGCCCCGGGGACUUUAGGAGUCUGCAAGGAAGUCAUCAUGUGAAAAAAAAUAUUUGCUAAACGGACAAAAGGGCUGGAUCACAAGGAAAAAUAACUAGGCUGAAGGAAAGGAAGUAUGGCUGGGGUUUACAGUCAAUGAAAUCCGAGGGGCGUGUGUUAGCGUUACAGAGGUGGAGCUUACUCUACACAGAGAGACGUUCCUCUCUUAGGAGGCCUGUGCUGUCGACCCAGAAAACCCAGCCGAGAACUGUUGCUGGCGAUGCACCACAACAUGCGUCUCAAUCCCACAGUCACACAGGAGCAUCUCAGCGCAUGCUAACACUCGGAGCUGUCAUUAUCACCUCCUGUCAGAGCAGUCAAACAAUGGAAAAGACCACUGGUGUGAGCGGUAUGUCCGUGGAUGAGAAGUCUGAAGCUCCCAUGUACGUGUAUGAGUCGACGGUGCACUGUACCAACAUCCUGCUGGGUCUGAAUGAGCAGCGGAAGCAGGGCCUGCUCUGUGAUGUGACCGUGCUGGUGGAGGGGAAGGAGUUCCGCGCGCACAGGGCUGUCCUAGCGGCCUGCAGCGAGUACUUCCUACAGGGGUUCGUCACCCAAAGUGACAAUGAACUGGUUCUCAGCAUGCCAGAGGAGGUCAGUGCCCAGGGAUUCGCUCCAUUGUUACAGUUUGCCUAUACGGCUAAGCUGCUGCUCAGCAGAGAAAACAUCCAGGAGGUCAUCCGCUGUGCCGAAUUCCUGCGCAUGCACAACCUGGAGGACUCCUGCUUUCGCUUCCUGGAAGCCCAACUGCGCAGCGAGGAGGACGGCCUGCUCCUGUGUCGCAAGAUGGCGCCUGAGAGCAAUCACUCAGAGGAUGAAAGCAUGCAACCUGAGUUGCUGACGACAACGACAACUGCAGUGACCCUGUCCGGUUCUCCACGCUCUCGCCGUUGCGCAGAGACCGUGAACUCCUUGCGGCGACCGGACCAUGAGCGGCUGGCGGCAACAGAAGAUUUCGCUGAUGGGCGGAUGGACUUUGAGCGACACGGCACCUCAGACCUGCCACGAUGCCCUAAGUACAGGAAGUACCAGUGGGCAUGCAACAAGCACAAUAACGACGCCUCUUCACACACCAGUACCUCAGGUUUUCCAAGCACAUUCAAGGAGAUGAGCAGGCCAGCAGUGAUGCAAAUCAAGCAGGAGCCACGCAGCGAGGAAGAGUCCAUCUCGCUUUGCCUGUCAGGGGACGAGCAGGACGGAGGUGAAAAGGACGGUGUGGCUGAGAUGGAGCUGGAUGGUUCCAUUGCAGUGGACCAACCAAAAGGCAGCAGCAAGUCACCCACCUGCCUAAGAACUCUCUUCAAGAAGGACCUGCCUAGCACACCCCAACAGCUUUUCGCUAACAGACUCGUCAAUGCCCAGGAUAAAGGAACCACUCAGGGAGACCACAAAAAAGACUACAGGCCUUCGCUUGGCAAUGAGCUUGGCAUGCCUGUGGCGUUCCCCAAAGACACUGAUGGUUUCCCACCUGGGCUUUCGUUGAAGUCGGCUUCAUGCGAUGGUGUGUGUAAGCAAGAGGGGGAGCUGGAUCGCCGCAGUGUCAUUUUCUCCUCAGGGGCCUGUGACCGACUGGGUACGCCCACCCACUCCCAUCCCAGUGGGAACUCAUUGGAGAAGGAGCUCUCAGAACACAUGCCAAAGGGAUUGUGGGCUGGCGCCAGCCAGUCCCUCCCCAGCUCCCAGACCUACUCCCCCAGUACCACAGCCAGUGACCCGCCCCUACUUUGCCGCCAAAGGCCUAAUACCAGCUGCCCAGUGCCAAUUAAGGUAUGCUCGCGAUCGCCCCCUUCAGAGACCCGCACCCGGACCUCCAGUUCCUGUUCGUCGUAUUCUUACGCUGAGGACGGGAGCGGUGGGUCCCCCUGCAGCCUUCCACAGUUUGAGUUUUCAUCCUCGCCUUGCCCCAAUGUAACACGGUGUCCCACCGCCGACUCGCAGGAGGCAGGCAGUGGGACAGAUACGCUCUUUGCACGAGUGCGGCCCAAGAUAAAGUGUGAGCAGUCGUAUGGAACCAAUUCCAGUGAUGAGUCAGGGUCCUUUUCGGAGGGGGACAGUGAAUCAUGUCACGCUCGAGAGCAAGGCCCUGAGGUCAAGCUUCCGUUCCCUGUCGAUCAAAUCACAAAUCUUCCACGCAACGACUUCCAAAUGAUGGUGAAAAUGCACAAGCUGACCUCAGAGCAGCUGGAAUUCAUUCACGACGUGCGCAGACGCAGUAAGAACCGCAUCGCGGCCCAGCGCUGCCGCAAGAGGAAACUUGACUGCAUCCUGAACCUUGAGUGUGAAAUACGCAAACUGGUGUGUGAGAAGGAGAAGCUCUUAACGGAGCGCAACCAGUUGAAGGCAUGCAUGGGAGAGUUAUGGGAGAAUUUCUCCUGUCUGUCUGAGGAGGUGUGUCGAGACGUGCAGCUGAGCCCAGAACAGGUCCAUCACUACUGCCCCAUACUGCGCCCCGGCAACACCGCCUCCGUCGCCCCCGGCACCCAGGCCCUGCCCACCGGCAGCAUCGACCUCACCACUUGCUCCACCCCCGAACAGAGCUUCCUCAAAUCGGCCACUGCAAAAGACGGACAACCGCGACCGGCCCAGUGGAAGACCGGAAACGGGUCCGAAGACGUAGGCAACGACAGGGAGGAGCAAGAGGCUGGCUCCGCCUACCUAGAGGCGGGGCUGUCCCUGGAACAGUCCAAUCAGACGGUGACUGUAGACUUCUGUCAGGAGAUGACAGAUAAAUGUACAACCGACGAACAGCCCAACCGAAAGGACUGUACCUAAUGACGGUGGUUUCUCUGUGUUGAUUUGUUUUUGAUGUUUUUUUUAUUAUUUAAUUUAGUUACGUCUUCUGACAAACCCUCAAAACUCGAGGGCUGUUGAGAUGGCCAGCCUCUGCCAGUGUUUUUGAUUUUUUUUAUAUAUAUAUUUAUGUCUUUUUAAUUGUCUUUUUUUAAACAAAGGUUGACACUACAGUUGUCUUAACAGCAGCAAUACUGUUCUCCAGGUUUUCUCUCAUUCAGCCAUGGCAGAGUGGCUGAGACCUUCUCACAGAACUUCACGAUGGUGCUACACCUUUCCAUGACAGUGGCAACACUGUCUGUUUCCAAUUACAGUCCAUUCAGAUGGGAUGGGCUCUGACCACAUCUCAAAUUCAGACCUCUAUGGACCUAGCAGCAGCAUUUUGCUCUCUCUCUCUCUCUCUUUCUCUCUCUCUAUCCCUCCCAACCCCACCUCUGUUCACUAUUCCUACCCUCUACCUCUAAACCUCUAUCACUCCUUCUCUCAUCUCCUUCUCUUUGUGGCCCUUGUCACAGUAAAUUCAAACUCAGGAAAUAUUCUGAAUGUUCAGUAUAACUCAUGAGAAAAAAAAAAUAAUACAGAUUUUUUUUUUUCUACAGCAGCUAGACUGUAAAUGUCCAUAUGCAAAAAUGUCUUCUGCAUCAUACGUUUGUAGUGUCUGUGUACCGCAACACUUAAUUUGUACAGAUGGUGGUAUCUAAAAACAUUCCUCCUUUGCCUUCCACAGCACUGAUACGAAAGAAAGUACGACGGAAAGACGAACGAUUCGAAUCGUAGUUUCGGCCACCUUUUGCGUCAGCAAUACUGUACCAUUGGAUGUUUUCGAGAAGUGCUUGCCCGGCAGAAAGCUUAUUGUAAAUAGUACGGUGCAUGGAGACGGUCUCGGUAAUAUUGUACAGGUAGAACUUUAGAUGGCUUUUUCCGUUUAUUUUUUAUUUUUUUUUAUUUUCUUUCUUUUCUCUGGGGUUUGAUCAAGCACCUUUUUGUCACGAAGGGAAAAUUGUUGCUGUUUCCUGUCUCGAAUGAAUUCCCCACGAUGGGUGUGCUUAAACUCAGGAAACUAGCAUUCUUACACUCACGCAUGCACACACACGCUCGCAUACGAACCCCCCGGUGCAGCGCAUAGAGCCCCUUGCAUGUAAUCUGGAUGUAAAUGGUGUGCGUAGUGGUGAGCUGUUCUCCUUUAAAUGUGAAAACGUGCUCUUUUAUCAGUAUUUACAGUGUGCUUGCGGACACCUCCGAACAGUGUUAUCUAAAACAAACGUCAUCACAAUCCCACACCCUUUUAGUUUCGCCCCAUUUUACGAGAUGGUCCUCAUUGCAGAACACGAGAUCCAGGGGGCAGGGUUGGAUCUAGAUCCAACUCCUCCCACUUUACAUAUCCCUUAACCCAGUGUUUCUCAACCAGGGGUCCAUGGACCCCAAGUGGUCCUUGACAUAAUGCCAGGGGGUCCUUAUAAAAUAUCUGAAUUUUUGUAUAUUUUGACAUUUGACAUGUUCCCAUUAAAGAAGAAGAUAAUAUAUGUAUAAUAUAACUGAUGAUAUGACUUAAAUAGGACAAGUCAACUAACGUAGUAGUAAAUUAUACUUGAUUGCAUUUGGUCGUCACAAAGACAUUAAUGAUACCAAUGAGCCAGUUUUAUUCUGGGGUCCUUCAGGAUGGUUCCCAAUAUGAUAGGGGUCCAUUACUCAAAAAAGGUUGAGAUUCACUGCCUUAAACUACCCGUCUCCGCCCACUGGAUCUCGUGUGUUCUGCAGUGAGGGGCGACUGCAUUUUACUGCUCGAACAGGAACAGGAAAUGAUGUUGAACUCAAUUAAAGGGCCUUGCCCUUACCUUUUUUCUUCCCUCAGCACUCUUUGACCAUUUAGCACUUCUGAAAGGGUAGAUUUCUUUUUCAGGACCCUAAAAAGUCUGAAAUUGAAGCACUUAAUGCGGACACUUAAAAGUGUCUCUCCUGGCUAAUGAUCUUUAAUGACAUGGUAUCUUAUAAAGAACGUUUUCAGGUUCAUUUAAAUAAAAAAUAAAAAAAGAUGAGGGAGUGUUCAAAUUGCGUGUUUAUGGAAGACACUAAAAAGCUAUUUUAGGGAGCAUCGAAAUUCUGCUCUGAAUUGGAUGGAAUAAGCCCAUUCUUUAAAAUCGUCCUAUAUUUCCCUUUAUUGUACAUUUGUUAGAGACGUAUAUCCAUACUAAUGGGAUUGCAUGCUGCCUGUAUGUUUUAUAUAGUUUGUUUAGUUUCUUUGCCUCAAAAUGUAGGCCUCGGAAAAACCGUUUGAAUCCCGACGAGUUCACUCUGGUUUAGUUGAGCAAAAACUAAGAGUGUUAAUCUUUUUUUUUUUUUCUUUUAAAAAUUGGAUCUCCCAAUAAAUAAUGCAAAACAGUUGGGAGUGCCACUCAUUUGACAUAGUUCCAUAUAUUAUUUGAAUGACCUUUGACCCCUAGAGCUCUAUGUGUGCGUGCUUGUGCAUUUCGAGUCUGAUAGUUUGAUAUUCAGACACAUUUCAAGUUGUAAUACAUCCCCUCUCCCUCUCGUAUGCAAGCGCACACACACACACACACACACAUGAACACGUCACACUGGGUGGAGUGUCUCUCAUAGGGAUGUAGAAUCUAGAGGUGUUGUGAUGGAUAGUUGUGCUGUUGUUUUCAUUGUGGAUCUGUUCUUUUUCUCUUUCUCUUUUUCUAAAGAAAUUUAAACAGUAUUUGCCAUUUCUAAAUUGUAAUCAGGUACAAGACUAGAACUAAAGAUUUAUGGGUCCAAGUGGACAUUUGUGCACACAUAUGCAAAUCAUCCCUAUAAUGAUGCGUUUUUCUUAUUUCUUGUUGUAUAAAUAAUGAAGUGUGGAAAGCAUGACCUUCCACUUGACAAGCACACUGUCGUACACUUGAGAAUCUACAGUAUGUCCACAAUUUUGACAUUUCUGGAAAAAAACAAAAGGUCACACCUGCAUCAAGGCUAUCCAAAAACAUUUUCCCAAAUCUGCUUUUAUUUAUGUUCCUCGCAUAGCAAUGUAUUUGUUGUGUACUUUUGUAUUUCUGGGCCGUACAUGAUACGGCUGACUCCUCACGCUUGCACACUUGGCCUUAAGAGCCUGGGGAUGCUUCGGUUCAGGCUGACGUUUCGAUACAGACGUGGAAGAAACCGAGAGUCUGGGUGACAAGGAUUGGAAUUCUGACCUCUGUUAGCCUCUGUUACUAAAAGCUGCAUCAUGUUUGCCUCCAUGGUGACUUCAAGGGUUCGUCCUGGUCACAGAAAGCCUCACAAGGUUAAAUAAGCUUAUUAGCUGUCCUCUCAACAACACUUCUGCUAGUUUUUGUUGUUUUACAGAGGUUUUAUUUUCGUAUCGGACUCGUGGUUGCUCUUGUAUCUUGUCUCAGGGUGCGUGCCAACGUUUUUUUUCUUUUCUUUUUUUUUUUUUGGUUUUCAGACAUUUUUGAUGGUAGCUGGUGAGCUCAGCUUUCAUUUGUCACUUAUUUUUGUGUCUUGCAUUUUUGUGUCUUCUUAUAAAGCUAAUGGGUGGGUAGCAUGAUUUUUUUUUAGAGUUUCUAAGCUAAGAAUAAUUGAUGAGUAGAGAAAACCAACUAGAUUUGCACAAUUCUUUUGGAUAACAAAAAAAAAAAAAAAAAACCCCAACAAGGGCUAUGGAAUAUCUCGAAAUAAAAUCCAGCAAUUCGUUUUUGGUUGUAAAUUGGCUGUUACAGCUAAUUGUUUUAAGCUUUCGAUCUGCAGUUGCGGUCAACAGACGCGUAUUUUAAGCUUUGGUAAAUGUAUUGAGAAACAAUACUGUACAGGAAAACACCCUACAUCUCUUCAUCUACGUGAGCUCAAGUUUAAUGUCGUUUGAAUAAUUUGGUCGGUUUGUUUCAUUCGUGCUGCUUCUCAGAAAUAUGAACACUGGCGUUCCAAAGGGUUGCUCAAAAACUUGCCUUUUUCACAAUUUGCUUAACUUUAUAAAACAUUUGGCAUUCGGACUGAACGCGCAGGCAGAAAACGGCGCAAGAAAAAGGCAAAAUGUUUACAAAAAGGUGUCGUGUUUUACGAGAAUUUUGCCAUGUACAUAGAAAUCGUGAAGCUCAUUCGAAUGGAUAGGUUUAGCAUUCUGUCUCUUUGUUUUGUACGUUUUUACAAGCGAACAGAGAAAUGGCCGUUUGAUAACUAUGCUCCUUUUCCUCAAGUUGUCUUUUCGCCCGACGGGGAUGCUCCAGUGUACCAUGAAUACAAAGUGCACCUCCAACUUUGCCUUAGAACUUCCAGAGGCCAUAGUUCACAUUCAAGUGAAGUGUGUAUGCAGGGGCUGUGAGCCCCCAUGUUUCGGCUAGCAGAGCGGACUCUCUCUCUCUCACACUUAUCUACCUGUGAAAUCCUUCAUACCUCUCAUUACUGGUCAAUGACUGUAUCAGCAAACUGCAUCAGGUGUUUUUUCUACAUGCUUUUUACACAGAUUAUAUGGAUUAUUGUAUUGGUAGAUUUUGGUGCAUCAUUUUUAAUGGAAUAGCUCUUUGGCUAGUAGUCACACGAGUUGUUUUCUUCUCUCUAUCUCUCUUUCUGACUCUUUAUCGCAUUUUUUCUAGAAGACUGUUUUGUGUUAAUAUUGUCGAUUUGAGGUAGCUGUUUCUUUGCUUAUUCUGUACUAAGAGUUUUUACUUCUUUUUUUCAUUUUGAAAUGCUACAUGACCCUAAUGAAUUUAAUGACUUAAAACCAUUGUACAUACGGUAUUGUGCAGGACUCAUUUUCAUGCAUUUCAAUUGCUAGUGUUAUAUAAAUUACAGAUUUUGUCUAGACACCAUUUCUGUUUAUGAAAUAAAGAAACAUAUCAUGUA